GUCUGUCGGUGUUUACGGUCAUAUUACCGAAAGACUCGUGCUUGAUACACCUUCAUAUUUCACUCCAUGUUCUGCAGUUGGGGUCUACCUGUUUCUCAAGUGUCAAGGAAGCGUUUACAACACAGACACGAUGUUUAUGUCAUCCGUGAUCUCCAAUCACCACCGAAUCUGCAGUGAGAAUUUCGGGCUACCUUUGAACGCACUUAACGGCUCCGACCAGAACUUGGAAAACGGCCCGACUACUUCUGACGACGAAUCCUUCUCACCUUCUCUGUUCAGCCCGAUUAGCUUCUCGAACCACGGCCGAUCCUUAUUUUCCUCGCCCACAUACCCGAGACAGAAAACUAACUCCAUCUCGCCCAUCAACAGCCCGACCCCGGAGCGCCAGGUAGGAGGCAGAACGUACGGAGUGAUGACCCUGGCUGAUACGUAUCACGUGACCAACUCGGAAGAAUUCGGACUGAUGAAUAACCAUUUCUUCGAUGAGCACCUCCGUCCAGAGAAAUAUCAGCAGGAUACGCUUCCGACCUACGAACACGCGUUGCAGACGUCGGAGGUUUUCGGCCAGACGACAGGUCACGUGGUUUGGGAUGACGACCGAAUCCCCACCCCAAGGGCCAGCACGGACACGUCGUUUCCUCAAGGAUCAGGUAGCAUCCGAAUUAUUAGUCACGCUUCAUCCACUUUAGAAAUGUCGUCGGACCUUCGCCGUGGUCAGCUGGAAGAAAAGCAACCAAUAAGGAAAAAACGAAUGCGUCAUGUGAUCUGUGGCAUUACUGCUGUUGUGACGGUAGUUGCCGUUCCAACCUUGAUACUUUUUCUGACAUCUCUAAGAACUGACGACAAACAGACAAACGUAAACACCGCACUGAACACGACGACGUCCGUGCCGCGAGCAUCAGUGACAGGCAAACCCAGCAGCCGCAGCAGACGAUACAUAUUUUGGCCAAGAUGGAGUGGGAAGCGAACCAAACUCGAUCAAGAAUUAGAGGUGUCGGUGUUAAAGGACUGACUUUGAUCCUGUUUUUAUCUGUGAAAUGCCUUAAAACACUGUUGACGAAUUCACUGAUGUUCCUUGGGGUAAUAUUUAUUUAUUUAUUUAUUUAUUUAUUUCUAUUAUUUAUUUAUUUUAUGUAUUUAUUUAUUUAG